UGACAGGGCACUGCAGACACUGCUAAACCUCUGUGCUGAAGCACUGCACACAUCUCCAGUUUACCAUGUCUAGGAAGGUUGUGAGGAGCAGUAAGUUCCGUCACGUCUUUGGCCAGGCAGUGAAAGCUGACCAGUGCUACGAUGACAUCCGCAUCUCCCAGAUGACGUGGGACAGCAACUUCUGCUCCGUUAACCCCAAGUUUGUGGCCAUGAUCGUGGACGCCAGCGGUGGAGGAGCUUUCAUAGUGUUGCCGCUGAGCAAGACAGGACGCAUUGACAUGUCCUACCCGACUGUAUGUGGCCACACAGGACCCGUGCUGGACAUUGAGUUUUGUCCUCACAAUGAUAACAUCAUUGCCAGUGGUUCUGAGGACUGUAGCGUCAUGAUCUGGGAAAUCCCAGACGGUGGCCUAAUUACAUCCUUGACAGAGCCGGUUGUCAAACUGGACGGCCACUCCAAACGUGUGGGCAUUCUGAGCUGGCACCCCACCGCCCACAACGUGCUGAUGAGUGCAGGCUGUGAUAAUGUGGUGAUUCUGUGGAAUGUGGUCAAGGGCGAGGCGGUGGUACGGAUCGACAGCGUGCACACUGACCUUAUCUACAGCGCCUGCUGGAACAGGGACGGCUCCAGGAUCCUGACUUCCUGCAAGGACAAGACCCUGCGUGUGCUGGACCCACGCAAGGGCACCGUCAUCAUUGAGAAGGAGAAGCCACACGAGGGGUCCCGGCCUGUGAGGGCUGUGUUUGUGUCUGAUGGGAAGAUCCUCAGCACGGGCUUCAGUCGCAUGAGUGAGAGGCAGGUGGCGCUGUGGGAUUCAAACAACUUUGGAGAGCCCCUCACCCUGCAGGAGCUGGACACCAGCAGCGGUGUUCUGCUGCCGUUUUUUGAUCCAGAUACCGGCAUCGUCUACCUCUGUGGCAAGGGGGACAGCAGUAUCCGUUACUUUGAGGUGACAGACGAGGCUCCCUAUGUGCACUACCUGUCAAUGUACAGCAGCAAGGACAGCCAGAAAGGCAUGGGAUACAUGCCCAAGAGGGGCUUGGAGGUCAACAAAUGUGAAAUUGCGAGGUUCUACAAGCUCCUCGAGAGAAAAUGUGAGCCUGUUGUCAUGACAGUGCCCCGCAAGUCUGAUCUGUUCCAGGAUGACCUGUACCCAGAUACCAUUGGUCCAGAGCCAUCGGUGGAAGCUGAUGAGUGGUUCAGUGGUAAAGAUGGCCAGCCUAUUUUGAUCUCAUUGAAAGAUGGGUUUGUGGCAACAACUAAGGCCAAGGAGUUCAAGGUUCACAAAAGUCUCCUGAAGACCACAGGCGUUGCUGUGGGAAAUCAGCUGGAGAGCAGUGGGGAGCUCCAGUCCUUGAGGAGUGAGGUGAAGCAGCUGAAGGAGGCUGUGGAGCAGCUGACCCAGCGUGUGAGCGAGCUGGAGAGUCACCAUUAGACUAAUUGUCUCUGGCCAGAGACGGUUUCAUACUAGCUUAGGUUUCUUCAGUUAAGGUGACACAAACUGUGGGUUGGAGCCGAGGAAGAGAGCUGUAACUCCAGGUUUUACAUUGUGAAAGAAACAAAGGGAGAGAUGAAGACAAGACAUUUUUAUGAAACUUUAUGUGCCAGAUAUUACUUUUUACUAGAAGAUUGAAAUUGUUUAUUUGGUAGGUGUAAUCGUUUGAAAAAAUACAGACCAACUUGUUUUAAUAUAUGCUUUUAUAAAGUCUGGAAUAAAUUCACCAUUAUUUUCAAGAUACAUGUAUUUGUGAGACUUUUUUUUUUUGGUUUGGCAUUCAAAGAAAACUCAUAAGGUACACAAUCACAAACAGUUUUUUAGCUAAGUUUUACAAUUUAUCAAAAUACACCGUAUAAACUAAACUACGACCAAUAUCAGCUGAAAUGAUGUGCUCUGAAAUGAGAUGUUGACCUAUGAGGACAUUUUAUAAUACAUAAAUGGGAUUUUUCUUGACGAAGGAGAUUCUCCACAGUCCUGUGAGUCCUGAGUCCAACUGUGAUGCUUCUACUGAAAGAUGGAGGAGAUGGAGAUGACGCGUGAUACAAACUGAGUCUUUGAUAAAAACCAGUGGAUUUCUCAAGAUCUCAUUUGACUCCUGCACCUUGAACUGUUAUAGACCACACUAUCAUUUCUUACCUAUACACAGUAAAUUAACCUUGAGCUGAAUAGUAUGAAAUCCCAAAUGAGCCCGUCCCACCUCUCAUUCACUCACAUGUGCUUUCAUAGAGCAGUAAAGCUACCAACACCUUCAGCAGUGGAAACUGAGAACUUAUUACAAUACCCAUAUGAUUUACACAACCUGAGCCUGUUAUUGUCUGUAUUUAGUAUUUACAGUGACCUUCUCUCCCGUCUUUCAUGCAUGUCUGUGAAUUUUCUCAUUCAUCCAGGUCAUGGUUAUCCAAAGGAGUUGACUCAAGUGCAACUGGACUUGGUAUACUCUUUCAUGCACUUUCACUUCCCCUA